AAACUGCGCAUGGCUGCAAAACGCAGUACAGGGUGUCCCGAAAACUUACGUAAGCGUGGGGAUGACGGGGAAAAGGAAGAAGAAUAUUCAAAUAUCGAAAUCAUACCAAUUUGUUCGAAUAGCUUGGAUCACAGUCGAAAAAUCCUCAUGAUGAACUUCUCGCUCAAUUUUAUUUUAUGUAUAGAGAAGCACGAAAUAAGCUCGAUGAAAAGGAAGAAUAGCGAAAUUUGAAAAAUGUCCGAUCAGUACGUUAUCAUUUGAUCUACGAAAAAAAUCAUUCUACACGAAUAUCGAUGAACGAUUGCCAAAAAUAUUUCCAACAAUAAAAUCGAUGAGUAGAAAGUUCUAACGAUAAAACAUAUUCUGAGGUACAAGAAUUUCAUCAUAUAGCGAAAUAUUUUAUCUAUUUAAAAAAAUAUGUAUCAUUCCUUAUCAGUGCAGUAGGAAAAGACCACAUUUUUUCUCUCCAUCGCACAGUUCAGACAUCUGUGAUCCGAUUGUUGCGUUGGAAAAAUGCAAUUCAAACUGUUCCUUCGGAUGCAACAGGUAUAUGUAUGCAUCGAUGAAAUUAAAUAUGCAAUGAAUCUACUAUAUAUGUAUGUAUGAUAAGGGUAUUCACUAGGAACAUUCGUCGUAAGAGAGUUACUGCGCAUGAAACGCGAAAAUCGCGGCCUAGUUCGCGUUGCAUUAUGCGCGUACACUUCGUUGGAGGUGGUCGACCGUUUCUCGGUGUGCAUUACCAAUGAGGGCUACCAAUACCUUUCGCCUCGUCGGUGUCACCUGUUGGAGGAGGACGCCUUACAACCUGGACCCAACUGCGAAGCAGCUUCACCCGCUGAGAUCGUCCACAAGACCACGAUGUCCUGCUACAUCCAUGGCGGUUCGACAACGAGAAACUCCGACGACACAAUGGACGACGAUACCGACGACAAAGACGACACGAAGCGCAAAUCGCGAAAUCUCAGUGAAAAAAAACGAAGGGAUCAGUUCAAUAUGCUCGUCAAUGAAUUGGGCAGUAUGGUCAGUUCGAAUACGAAGAAAAUGGACAAAUCUACCGUCCUCAAAUCAACGAUUUCGUUUCUCAAAAAUCACAAUGAAAUCGCACUCAGGUCCAGAGUUCAUGAAAUUCAAGAGGAUUGGAAACCCUCAUUUUUAUCGAAUGAAGAAUUUACACACUUGAUUCUAGAGGCACUGGACGGCUUCAUAAUGGUGUUUUCCUCGAACGGCCGAAUAUAUUAUGCAUCACAAAGCGUCACUUCAUUACUGGGAUACCUUCCAAGCCAUCUGGCUAACACCUCGAUUUAUGAAAUUGCUUAUCAGGAGGAUCAGACCAUGCUUUUUAACAUUCUCGCAAGAGGCGACACUCAGGACCAAAGUGAUCCUAGCAAGGAGUCUCAGGUAUCUUUCACCUGCCACAUAAAAACCGGCAGACUCGAUUCUCAGGAAAAAGCGAUUUACGAACUUGUAAAAUUUGUCGGAUAUUUCCGUUCGGGCGUGGACGACGACUCGAAUAUCGCCGAUUUGAUACCAAACGAUCAGCUGGACGGUAUUUCGAAUAACGAUACGAAACUGGUAUUCGUUGGAACCGGACGUCUUCAAACGCCGCAACUCAUACGAGAAAUGAGCGUCGUUGAUAGCGUACAGUCGGAAUUUACAUCCAGACACAGUUUGGAAUGGAAAUUUUUAUUCCUUGACCAUCGAGCUACUCCGAUAAUCGGUUAUACUCCCAUAGAAGUUUUAGGGACAUCCGGAUACGAUUACUACCACGUCGAUGACUUGGGCAAAGUCGUCACUUGCCACGAAGCGCUAAUGCAGAAGGGGGAAGGCACUUCUUGCCACUAUCGUUUCCUCACCAAAGGACAGCAAUGGAUUUGGCUCCAGACACGAUUCUACAUAACUUACAAUCAAUGGAAUUCCAAGCCAGAAUUUGUCGUUUGCACCCACAGCGUAGUCGAUUACGCGGUUGUUAUCAAACAGGAUAGAAAAAAUCCAGAUGAAUUAGAAAAAUCUAAUCAGGAUAUCAGUGUCACCGAAUCACCCUCCAACGAUCAUCAACAAAGGAAGGUAGCCACGUCGUCUCAGAGUGGAUUAGCUUCUUCUCCCUGGUCCUCGAGAUCCUCGAAGACUUCUCGUUCGGUCCCCGCGACUCCUCGUCCAAGAUAUCAAGGUGGUCCCGGAUCUGACACUACUUCGUUAUCGGCGGGCUCCCAAAGCUCAAGACAUUCGCAUUACCAGCCCGCACCGCAACACAAUCCUCCGACCCGAACGGCUUCUCGAUCUGGCAAAGUUCAACCGGAUAACUUGGUAAAUCAAUGUUUGGGAUUUUUGGAACCUCCGCAAUACGUUGCUGCUAUACCCGUGCAGCCGAUAAUCAGCGCCGGUUUUCCGACUGAUCCAGAAACAGCGGAACCUGCGGUUGUAUCGUCUCUACAAGCACAAGAGAUAUUACACCCGCAAAACAUCGUCAUGACACCAGCUCAAAAUCAGAUGCAGGACGAACUACAGAGGAAACACGAAGAACUUCAACAGUUGAUAGUUCAUCAGCAAGAAGAACUCAGGAGGGUGUCGGAGCAAUUAUUUUUCGCUAGAUACGGGAUUGUAUCACCGUUGAUAAAUGUCAGUAUGCCGUACGCGACGCCUCCCAGUCCGCAAGUGAUUCGUUGCGUCAGUAGUACAACGAGUUCAAUUAAUCGUCCGAUGUUUUCACCUGGAGUUCAAGGAGUGAGCGUAUUGCCGGUUCCGUUAACCCUUUCCGUGCCGGUUGUAUCAUCGGAACUUUUCACGCAACCUUUGGCGGUCAGUUCGGUAGCAGCGAUUACACCGUCAACGCAAUUUAACGCUAAUACCAGGCAGACCGUUCCACAAUCUAGUAACAAUUCCAAUUUCAACGUUCAACAACAACAAGUGCAACCGCAACAGCAUCAGCAACAGCAACAACUACAACCACAGGAACAACAACAACAACCGCAGCAGCAACCGCAGACUCAACAAACAGAAACAGCAGAAGCAACAGUAACAGCAGACGCAACAACAACAGCCGCAGCAACAGCAGCAUUCAACUGGUGAAAUUUCAACCUUGAAAUCUCCGGUCGAGGUUCUUCCAUUCCAGGAAGUGAAAAAAAAUACUAAAAAUAUACAUUAUGAAGGAAAAAGCCAAAAAGGAGGAGGGGGAUAUUUCAAGAAACUGCAGAUAACCGAUGAAUCCGUAUGUAAGAUAAUAAUAAGGUUAACUACCUUAUUUAUUGCAAGGAGAACACAACGUCAUUCCAGCCGCAUGUUUAUUCAAUAAUCUUGCAUCGUACACAUUAAUUAAUAGAUGAAAAAUAAAUGUAAUAACUAUAAUAUAACGUAAUAACAUGACUAUUAAAUUCAGUCUGUAACCAUAGUUAAUAAAACAAAACCUUUCUUAGAGGGUGGGAUAUGGGUUUGUAUUGAUUAUCAUUUUUUUUUUCGCUCUACUUGUUCGUUUUUCACCCAUUUGAAAGAGAAAAGGAAAGAAAAAAAACUCCAAACUUCGAACUUGAGUUACAGAGAAUCGCCAGAU